GUCUCCACUCUCUCCCAUAUCUACAGUUACUACCACUUUCUCUCUUUUCAACCUGCAAGAGAGGAGCAAAGACCAAGAUCAACAACAGAAUCAAAUUAUUAUAUAUAUUUUUUUUUCUUGUUGAAUGAAAGUGAGCGGCGCUGGAUUGAGAUUUGGGAGAACCUUUCUUGCACCCACCUUGAAAAGUUGCCAACUGGCUCGUAAAUCCGCCACGUUUCUCUUCUUCUUUAGGCGUUUUCCUUUGACGUGGCAACCAUUGGCCACCUCUUCUCCUAAAUAAGUACCCCCUUGUGUCUACUCUCUCUGCUCUCUAUCUUCAUUCGCAUGUUCGCUCUUCUAAUUCCCUCUUCUUUCAGACAUAAAAUCAAACACUUACAGCACCUCAUUUCCCAUCGCCCCCUUUUUGUCUCCGACCACAGGAAGCAAGUGAAAUAAUGCCAAUGCUUGAUGCUGUAGAAUCCUCCACCAAUGGAGACUCAUUGGACGGCCCAGAUCAAUCCACUGAUUCUCCUCCAGAUGCGCGUGAUCUCCCAUCUUUAAUGUUGUCUUCUUGUUAUCCCAUUACUCUGAGGUUCUUCGACGUGUGUUAUAGGAUGAAAAUUGAGAAGAGGCACAAAGGAGGAGGCAGUAGCAAUAUCAGACGGAUUUUAGGUCAUGGACCCACUCAAUCGAAUCAAACACCAACGGCUAUGGUUCAAGAACGUAUGAUUUUGAAUGGGAUCACUGGCAUGGUUUCUCCUGGUGAAAUCUUGGCCAUUCUUGGUCCAUCUGGGAGUGGCAAGUCAACGCUCCUCAAUGCGCUUGCAGGUAGACUCCAAGGUCGCGGCUUCACUGGAACUGUAGUCGCCAACAACAAAAAGCUGAGCAAACAAACAUCGAAACGCACCGGUUUUGUUACUCAGGACGAUAUCCUCUACCCUCACCUCACCGUCCGCGAAACCCUAAUUUUCUGCUCUUUACUUCGCUUACCGAAAUCUCUGUCCAAGAAAGAGAAGACUUCUGUGGUUGAGUCGGUGAUAUCCGAGCUGGGUUUAAAGAAAUGCGAGAACACAAUCAUUGGCAACAGUUUUAUACGUGGGGUCUCCGGUGGGGAAAGAAAGAGAGUGAAUAUAGCUCAUGAGAUGCUCAUAAACCCUAGUUUGCUCAUUCUUGAUGAACCCACGUCCGGUUUGGACUCCACUGCAGCGCACAGGCUGGUCUUGACGUUGGGUUCGCUGGCGCAGAAGGGAAAGACCAUUGUUACUUCCAUGCAUCAACCUUCUAGCCGAGUUUACCAGAUGUUUAACUCAGUGUUGGUGUUGAGCGAGGGAAGGUGUUUGUAUUUUGGCAAAGGAAGUGAGGCCAUGGCUUAUUUUGAGUCGGUUGGGUUCUCGCUGUCUUUCCCCAUGAAUCCCGCUGAUUUUCUCCUUGAUCUCGCUAAUGGUGUUUGCCAAAUUGAUGGUGUAAGCGAAAGAGAUAAGCUGAACAUAAAGCAAUCUCUAAUUGCCUCUUACAACAGUGUGUUAGCCCCAAAGGUAAAAGCUGCCUGCAUGGAGACCACCAUUACUUCAACAAAAGGGACAAGCUUAUUUGGAAGCCAUUCUUCCAAAGGAAGUAGAUGCUGCAACAGAAUUGGCUUUGCCACAUGGUUCAACCAAUUCACCAUUCUUCUUCAAAGAAGCCUCAAAGAAAGAAAGCAUGAAUCAUUCAAUACUCUUAGAGUCUUCCAAGUAAUCACAGCUGCAUUAUUAGCUGGUCUAAUGUGGUGGCACUCAGAUUUUCGUGACAUUCAGGAUCGAUUAGGUCUCCUCUUUUUCAUGUCAAUCUUCUGGGGAGUCUUCCCUUCUUUUAACUCUGUGUUCGCCUUCCCACAAGAUAGAGCUAUCUUCAUGAAGGAAAGAGCCUCGGGUAUGUACACUCUUUCUUCUUAUUUCAUGUCACGAAUAGUCGGAGACUUGCCAAUGGAGCUCAUUCUCCCCACGAUUUUUCUUGCCAUGGCUUAUUGGAUGGCUGGAUUAAAACCUGAAUUGGUUGCUUUUCUCUUGACUCUACUGGUUCUGCUCGGCUACGUGCUCGUCUCUCAGGGGCUUGGCCUUGCCUUAGGAGCCGCUAUAAUGGAUGCUAAGCAAGCUUCUACUAUAGUAACAGUAACAAUGCUAGCAUUUGUUUUAACAGGAGGAUUUUAUGUGCAUAAGGUACCAUCUUGUAUGGCUUGGAUCAAGUACAUUUCAACUACAUAUUACAGCUAUAGGCUACUUAUUAGUGUCCAGUAUGGUGAAGGGAAGCAAAUUUCAUCAAUUUUGGGUUGCUCCUACCAUGGAAUUAGUGACAAAGCAAGCUGCAAAUUCCUGGAAGAAGAUGUUAGAGGACAGAUUAGUCCUGGAAUUUCUGUUAGUGUCCUAAUAUUGAUGUUUGUGGGGUAUAGAUUAUUGGCUUACCUCGCAUUGAGGAGGAUCAAAGCUUGAUCAUUUGUGUUAUUUAACCAAAAGGGGUUCUUGUUCUUCUGCAGAUAUAUUAUCACAGGACCUCUUCUAACUGUAAUUCUUGAAAGGAAGAAACAAAUGUAAGAAAGAUGGAGCUUCUUCAUGCUUGGUGUAGAAGCUAAUGGUUCGAGUCUAGGAGCCGCUUUGUUUUUAGUUGGAGAAAUGGAUUCACACUAAAUGUAAAUUAAAAAAAAAAAAAAAAUAUAUAUAUAUAUAUAUAUAUAUAUAUAUAUAUAUAUAUAUAUUCAAGACCGGUUUGCGGCUAGCAAAUGUAAAAGAUCGAGCCAGCAAGCAUAGUCCUUUGCAGUUGUACCAUGUUAUAUCUAAUUUUUACUUGCUAAUAUUGUUCAAUGUUUUUCUGCAUAUUAAUCAAAACGACCCUUUAGAGAAACCUCAUAAGGGAAUUUAUGGCUGA